GCUUCAUUCCUUAGCCUUUUUCAUUGAUAGCUCUAUAUGAUCCAUAUACAGUUGGAAACUUCCAUAACAUUUUCAACUUUCUAGCAUAUCAAACCACGCCCUUAUAAAACCCACUUAUAAUCAAAUUUGUAACAGCAACACUUAAACCUCUCUCCCUACACCUUUAGGUUCUUUGCAGAACAGCUUAAGGAGAAAGAUCCCACAAUGCCAUUCAGUUUCCCCUUCCAUGGCUAUAUGAUUUUCUACCACUUCCACUACUUUCUGGCACAAGCCCAUCAUCAUCAUAUUCAUCACCAUCACCAUCCUAAUGGCUGCUACCCAAAUAACAUCUUUUCCUUUGCCAUCCCAAUUCUGCUUAACAUUCUCGUCUUCAAGUACCAGAAUCAACCGGAAGAAUACUCUCCGUUUCUAACCCAUCCCAAAACUGUCUUUCUGGGAAUUCUGAGCUUGAUUCUCUAUUGCUUUGCUUAUGAUUAUCAGCAAACACUAUCCAACUCGCCUUACGGUGGUUCGUCCUCUGUUCUUCUAGCCAGCUUCUUUCAUCGAUGCACCAAGUUCUUUGGUUACAUGGCAAUGGCAAUUUCGACAUCACUUAUCUUCCCGGAUUCGGCUUCCCCUGCAUUCUAUGCUCUGUUUUUCAUUAUUUCAUUCGAUGAUCUCCUCUACUUGGUCUACAAAAAGAUCAGAAGAAAGCUCCGGCGAACCCGUUUCCAAGACCGACCGAAUUCAUCAUUGUGGGAAAAUGCACGCAGGAUUCUAGCUCAGAGGAACUUAAUUCAGGGACAUUUGCUUCCACUAUAGUACACAAUGGUGAAUGAUGAUGCCGCCUGGAUUGUAUGCUUAUAUUUUGGACAUUUUUAUGUUACUUUCUAAAUGUUGUUGUAUGUGUAUCUUUCUUGUGUUUGGUUCAGAUAUAUCUGUAUUUCUUUUGCGUUUGCGUUUUUUUUUCCCUCCCAAAAGGCAAAAACCAGGUGAUCCUUCAUUUCUGUACUCUGUUCCCUUUUUGGUUUGUUGUUCCAGAAGAAAUUCAGUUCCUUUUGUCUUCUCUGCUCUUUCCUUGGAACUAUUACUACUAUAAUUUUUGGCACCAACUCAGAUUACGCUGGGAGUAGAGAAAUAGUAAUGAAAACUUUAUAUCAAUACUCCACUCGUCCUAAAAUUUUCAUUUUUUAAGUCCUAAAAUUAUUUCGUCUGUUGUAUAACUUUUUCUUGGUCAUUAGCGAUAUUCUUACUUCUUCCGGGAAAAAAAA